AGUACUGUAGAGAACACAAUUACUGUUGUAGUGAGAGUUUAAUAUCAUUUUUCUUGCAUACAAAGCACGCUUUUUGAAAAAAUCAGGCUUUGGGGACUGGAGUGCACAUUUUAAGUGAGAAAAUGUAAUAGUAGCAGUUUCUACAGCAUGACCCUCUGCCCUGGGAAAGAGAGUGCCAGUAGUCAGCAGCUAGGGCACCCUGAGUUCUCACUGUGCUGCCCCUUGCACAGCACUUGCAGUAUUAAUUUCUCCCUCUCACACCUGCCUGCCCAGCUCAGCUUGAAAAGAGAAGAGAGACUGAGCUGUUUGACUCAGCCAGCAGCCCCUGUGCCAUCCUGCAGCCAGAGGGUUAAGGGAACAGGCACAGUGUUUUGUGCCCUCUUGCCCCCCACUUCUGCUGACUUCAGUGGCCUGUAUUUCUCUGGGUUCCACAUGGAUGGUUUGUCUUGAGUGGAGUCCUGCACCCCACUGAUUCAGAGUUCAAAGUUCAGAAACUGAUUCAAGCUCCCAUGGUGUGAACUGGAGGAGGAGGUGGUGUGAUUCGGAAUGUUGACUUUGAAAGCUCAGGGAAGAAGCAGCAGGGAGAAAAACGUAACACAGUGUGCCUGAAGAUGACGACAAAGCGGAACUUGUUUGUGCGGCUGGUGCCAUGCCGCUGUCUGCGUGGGGAAGAAGAAACUGUUACUACGCUUGAUUACUCUCACUGCAGCCUGGAACAGGUGCCUAAGGAGAUUUUUACCUUUGAAAAGACCUUGGAAGAGCUCUAUUUAGAUGCUAAUCAGAUUGAAGAGCUUCCAAAGCAACUUUUUAACUGUCAGUGUCUGCACAAGCUGAGUUUGCCAGACAAUGAUCUAACCACUUUGCCAGCAUCCAUUGCAAAUCUCAUUAAUCUCAGGGAACUGGAUGUCAGCAAGAAUGGCAUACAGGAGUUUCCAGAAAAUAUCAAAAACUGUAAAGUUUUGACAAUUGUUGAGGCCAGCGUAAACCCUAUUUCAAAGCUUCCAGAUGGAUUUUCCCAACUGUUAAAUCUAACACAGCUGUACCUGAAUGAUGCUUUCCUUGAGUUUUUGCCGGCCAAUUUUGGCAGGUUAACUAAACUCCAGAUAUUGGAACUUAGAGAAAACCAGUUGAAAAUAUUGCCAAAAACUAUGUCCAGACUGACUCAGCUGGAAAGACUGGACUUAGGAAGUAAUGAAUUCACAGAAGUGCCUGAAGUACUUGAACAACUGAGUGGGUUAAAGGAAUUUUGGAUGGAUGGUAAUAGAAUAACACUUAUCCCAGGGUUCAUAGGCACUUUGAAACAGCUGACCUAUUUGGAUGUUUCUAAAAACAACAUUGAAAUGGUUGAAGAAGGAAUCUCAGGCUGUGAAAGCUUACAAGAUCUGCUGUUAUCUAGUAAUUCACUUCAGCAACUGCCAGAAUCCAUUGGUUCACUAAAGAAAGUAACAACACUUAAAAUUGACGAAAACCAGUUAAUGUAUUUGCCAGACUCCAUAGGAGGAUUAAUAUCAGUAGAAGAACUGGAUUGUAGUUUCAAUGAGAUUGAAACUUUGCCUUCGUCUAUUGGGCAGCUCACAAACAUACGGACCUUUGCUGCAGAUCAUAAUUUUUUAACGCAAUUGCCACCAGAGAUUGGAAACUGGAAACAUGUAACGGUACUAUUUCUGCAUUCUAACAAGCUUGAAUUUCUGCCUGAGGAAAUGGGUGAUAUGCAAAAAUUAAAAGUCGUCAAUCUAAGUGACAAUAGACUGAAGAAUUUGCCCUUUAGCUUUACAAAGUUGCAACAGCUGACUGCUAUGUGGCUAUCAGACAAUCAGUCUAAAGCGCUAAUUCCCCUUCAAAAAGAACUUGAUCCAGAGACACAGAAAACAGUGCUUACUAAUUAUAUGUUCCCUCAGCAACCAAGGAACGAAGAUGUUAUGUUCAUAUCAGAUAAUGAAAGUUUCAAUCCCUCCUUGUGGGAGGAACAGAGAAAACAGCGAGCCCAAGUGGCAUUUGAAUGUGAUGAAGACAAAGAUGAAAGAGAGGCACCACCCAGGGAGGGUAAUCUGAAGAGGUAUCCAACACCAUAUCCUGAUGAACUGAAGAAUAUGGUCAAAACAGUUCAAACAAUUGUGCAUAGACUGAAAGAUGAAGAAACUGCUGAAGAUGUUGGCAGAGAGUCAAACAAAGAAGGCCAGCAAGUUUCAGUAAAAGACAUGGGUGUAAAGACUUCAGAAACUGCUCCGGCAAAGGACAAAACAGAAGACAGAAAGCAAUAUUCUAUGGGAAACUGUGUGCAGAAACCCACUGAACCAGAAGCUGAGCACAACACUGGAAAUUCACCGAUGACUGCGCAUGUUAAAACCUUGAAGAACACAAAAACAAUAGUCAACCAUGAAGACAUGCUUGAGGAGUCAGAAGACCUUUCAUCUGAUGAAGAGAUGAAAAUAGCAGAAAUGCGCCCACCAUUGAUAGAAACCUCUAUUAACCAACCAAAAGUAGUAGCGCUUGCCAAUAGCAAAAAAGAUGACUCUAAAGAUGCAGAUUCCUUAUCAGAUGAAGCCACCCAGAACAGCAAUCAGAAUAACAGCAACUGUUCUUCUCCUUCUCGAAUGUCAGAUUCAGUUUCUCUAAAUACGGACAGUAGCCAAGACACUUCACUGUGUUCUCCAGAAAAAGAAACACACACUGAUGUAAUUUCCAAAGUCAGGCAAGAAGAUGAAAAUUUGAAUAACCUUUUGCAAAAUGGAGGUGAAUUAAGCAUCAUAGCAGAAGAAAAAAUCAGUGUACAAGAGAAGAUUAUAAAUAUGACUGAAUAUGAUUUAAGUAUUGAAGAGAGAUUAGUUCUAAUAGAAAAAGGUGUUGAUCUAAACACAGCCACUGAGGAAUCUCACAAGCUAGACCAAAUAAAUAUGAAUAUCAAUAAAUCGUCUAGUGAAGAUACAGUGCAAUUGCAUGCUGUGGAAAGAGUAAAACCACAGGAAACAGUGUCAGUAAAGGGCUUUUUAAACAAUAACAUGAAAGAAAAAACUGAGUUCUUGGAAAAUGGAAAUAAAUAUCCUGUGAAUAAGGUGAACGGACAUUCUGAGGAAGCAUCACAGCCUCCAGGGCAGGAUGAAUUUAAGAGAAGCACUACAGUUGAUACUGAUCCUUCUACUGAGAUACCUCUUUCAAAGAGCACUGAAGAUCUGUCUCCACAGCGAAGUGGCCAAGUGGUAAAAUCUCACAGCAUCACCAAUAUGGACACUGGUGCUCUAAAAAUAUGUGAUAUUGUUAAUAACAGUGAAUCCCAGCAGCCAAACUCAGUGGUAAAAUUGGCAUCUGCUAGCACAGAUGGCAAAAAUAUAGUCCGAAGCAAGUCUGCCACUCUUCUUUAUGACCAGCCUUUGCAGAUAUUUCCAGGAUCAUCGUCGUCAUCUGAUUUAGUUUCUUGUACAAAAACUGUGUUCAAGUUUGAUUCAAAUCACAAUCCUGAAGGUGCUAAUGUAGUUAGAGGACCAGUGGCAAGUGGUGCGCAGAUGUUCAGUGUGCCUCAGUAUAACAUCCAGUAUAGUAGCAGUGCAACAGCCAAAGAUACCUUGUGGCCCCAAAAACAAAAUACUCAAGUAGAACAAGGCAGCUUACCUCCUCAACGUCUCCCUAGGUCAGACAACACAGAAACCUCUAAUUACAUAAAACAUUCUGCCAACAUGAAUUUCUCCAAUCAUAAUAAUGUUCGAGCCAGUGCUGCAUAUAACAUUCAUCAAAGGCAUAUGGGUGGAAGGCAUAUAGAAAUGUGGGCCAUUCCCCCAGGCGACAGACUUCUUCCAGGAGCAUCCAGAAAUACUCUUCAGAGACAAAGCAGUGUAUCCUCCUCAGCUUGUGUGAACGUGGGUGAAACUGGACCCCCAAGACGUAACCAGAUUCCUGAAGGGGACUACUUAACCUAUAGAGAUUUGCAUUCAAUAGGAAGAGCUCCAACAAUGCUGUCUGGUCAACAGAGGCCUCUUUCUGCAAGAACCUAUAGCAUUGAUGGUCCAAAUGUAUCCAGGCCUCAAAGUGCUCGCCCUUCAGUGACUGAAAUACCAGAGAGAACUAUGUCAGUUAGUGACUUCAAUUAUUCAAGGACUAGUCCCUCAAAAAGAUCAAACCCAAGGGUUAAUUCUGAACAUUCGUUAUUAGAUCCUCCAGGAAAAAGUAAAGUCCCUCAUGAUUGGAGGGAACAGGUGCUGCGACACAUUGAGGCUAAAAAGCUAGAAAAGAGCAUGCUGUCUAGGUCCUUUAAUUCCAAUUAUGCUGCAGUUAGCAGCUUUCACUAUGGCAGCUCUAGGGAUCUGCAUGGCAGCCAGGGUAGUGUUGCCUUGAGUGUUGCAGACGGAAGAGGUUCUGGUGUGCACAUUGUCCGUCAUCCCCAGGCAUCAACUCCAGGAGAGCAAGGCCAAGAUGAAGUAUUCAUUUCAGGACAGCCGGCCUAUUCAUCUGCCACACUUAGUCUCAAAGAUGUUCCACCAGACAGCAUGAAGAAAGUAGCUAUACAGAUACCUUUGACAAAUGGGCAGAUGUGCCAGCCUCUGAGGCCUCAGGCAAACUAUAGUCAAGUCCAUCAUCCCCCUCCCCAAGCAUCUGUGGCAAGACAUCCCUCUAGAGAACAAUUAAUUGAUUAUCUGAUGCUGAAAGUUGCCCAUCAGCCUCCCUAUUCUCAGCCCCAAUGUUCUCCCAGACAAGGGCAUGAAUUGGCAAAACAAGAGAUUUGCGUGAGAAUUGAAAAAGAUCCAGAGCUUGGAUUUAGUAUAUCGGGAGGAGUUGGCGGUAGAGGAAAUCCGUUCAGACCUGAUGAUGAUGGUAUAUUUGUAACCAGAGUACAACCUGAAGGACCAGCAUCAAAACUGUUGCACCCUGGAGAUAAAAUAAUCCAGAGAAAGAGAAACACAAAUGGCAGAAAGGCUUUAUCUGGAAAGAAGAAUGAAGCAAGACAUAUUGGAAAGAAGAAUGAAGCCCAAAGCUGA